ACCGACUGGCUGAUAAACAGUAUAAAUAAAACAUUUAUGAUUUAUAAUCGAUUGUUUAUUAAGUUAUAGGCAAGCAUAACGAAGUAAAAAAUGACAACGCUAUGUAAUAACAACCAAACCCUGGAUAUAUUUGAACAAAAUAUAUCUGAUGUUAAAGUAGUAGCCUUUGGGAGUAUUCCAGUAGAUACUGCUGUGGAGAAAACGAUAGGCAUUGAAAAUACUACUGAUAAAGGCCUAACAUACAGGGUGUCAAAUAUCUAUAUUCUGAACAGCGUGGAUCAUGUGUUCAACAUAUCCAUAACGUCGAGCUAUGUGCAGCCAGGUGAAGUUGCCCGAAUCAAGAUUGUGUUCAAACCCAACAUUGUGGGACAAUCGUUCACUGAAUACUAUCUUGUGGAUGACACCAGUGGCAAUACUUAUAGGCUCACUGUCACUGGAAGAAGCUAUGGUCCAAGAGUAAAGCUUGAUAAAAAGAAAUUGGUCUUUCGAAUUUGUAAAAAUGUAACGGAACAAAGAAAGGAGGUGAUCAAUAUUGUAAACAAAUCGUCUGUGGAUACAACGUACCAGUGGUAUAUGCCUGCUUCUGGUCAAGGAUGUUUCCAAAUUUCGACAGGCAACUGUGGUCUCAUCAGAGCUUUCGAAACUAUAACAACUACGGUUAUGUUCACUGGAAUACCUCUUGGAAUAUACACUGGAGAGCUGGUCUGUUUGGUCCUUCAUCAGCAUCCCUUAUUCUUGAAUGUGUAUGCGACAGUCGUUUUACCUGGAAACCCAUUACUUAGUAUCCGAGAGCAUGUAUUUGUGAAGAAUUGGAAGCACAAGUCUCGCACCGUCCAUUUAAUGGAGAAUAGUCUGAACCGACUGACUUAUAUACCGUCUGCUACGGUGUUUGAAAGAUAUCUUGACUUCGGUACGGGCAGUGUAACGGAUGCCACCAGGAACAUAUCACAAACAAUUUGUGUCACCAAUCAUGAAGACCAAGAGGGCUACAUACAAUGGAUGCCAGAUCCUGAUAACAUAUUCUUAGUAGACCCAAUAGCUUCUAUUAUACCUCCAAAUGAAUCAAGACUGUUUACUGUCAGAUACCGGCCUAAAAUUGAGAAUGAAGUGUAUGGGUACCUCAUGUGCGGAGACUAUCAGGUUAAAAAAAUUGUAAGCGUUACUGAUGAGAUCAGGCUGAAGCACUCAUUGUUUCGUAUUCCGUGUACGGGCAACACGUGGAUGCCUUGUACCGAAUGGGUGACGGAAUGGGACUGUCCCUCUGAGGUAAUUCUGCCACCAACAGUACCAACCAGGUCCACUUUCGCUAAUUUCAUGCUGUCAAACAAGUUUGAAAUUCCUAUGCAUUUUAAAUUCGAUCCACCGUACGGCACGAAUUAUGUAGUAAUGCCAGUUUGUGGAAUCGUUCCGGGUCGCGGAUGGCAGAUUAUAUCAGUAGGUUUGGAACCAAAAUGUUUUGGUGAUUAUUGCGAAGCGUGGGACCUUAUUAUUAACAAGGUGCAAAAGACAUCUAUCAGCUUCACGGGUAACGCAGAAAUGAGUCAAGUGGAGGUAAUGUCCCAUGGUUACCAUCCAGCAACGCAUGCGAUGCUGGAGUUCCCUCCUACGAUCACUGGCUGCACCAACUAUUGCACUUCAUACCUUCACAACCUCACUCGGAUGGAAAUGCAUAUUCGAGUAUUAUGUAAUGUCGACUGGAUGGGAGCUGAUAGCUGCGGAUCUCUCAUUCUUCCACCUAAAGAAAUCAUACAUUUUCAUUGGUGGUUCUUCCCCAAAAUCCCUGACAAAGUAUAUGAAACGACCAUAACUUUAACCUGCGUCUGCUUGAUCAAAGGACAGGCGGUCGGGGAACCGACUGAAGUGUUUAUUGCCAUUUCUGGCUUUUCGGAAUUUCCUGAUUUGAGGAUUUUGCCAAAGGACUAUAAUUUCCACGAUGUUGUUGUCGGGGAAAGCGUCACGUUCCCCGUGACUCUGUACAACAAUGGCUCUUGUUACUUUACGUCUAAGUUGUACCAUACUAUUGAAGGUAUGGGAGACGACUAUACAUGCGAUAGACUUGAAAUCGAUUCAUCAGUGAAUAGUUUGAAACCAUCGAAUCACUGCACCGUUAAAAUGACGGUAACUCCUGACGGGGCCGGAUCACGGAGACUUCGUAUCAAGUACACUGUCCUCUACCGCACGGAAAAUGAUGAAGUUGAGGAGAUACAGCCAAUUAAAACUAAGAUAUGUACCCUUUUUUACGAUGGGAUUUAUCCGACAAUUAAGGCUUUUGUGGACUGUCGCCCUAAUAAUCCAAUCGGUGUCAAUAUUUACGCUCCUGAUUUAUGUGUCCGAACUGACCACGUCGAGCUGGUAUUUGUAAUGGGCUGUGUGUACCAAGUUCCUGUACCUUGGAGUCUCCGUAGAGAGAAGAUUUGUGACUGUAAUAUGAUACAAGUGAAAAUAGCGACCUCAAGGUACGAAAUGAGACACACCUGCCCUCAUAGACAGCUGGUGGAAUUGUACCCCUUAAGCGGGAUUGUUUCGCCUGAUAAUCCCAACCUGCUGUAUCUAAAAUUCACCUACUGUAGUAAAGGACUGAACACAUUGUGUUAUGUGAUGACAAUGCCGAAUCAAAGAACAAUUUAUAUCUACGUUCACAUUUACGCGUAUCUGAACACGAGAGGAUUGUUGACGCCAUUGCGUCGUCCUGUGGGAGUAGGCGAAUAUUUGGCGGUACUGGACUGUGGUAGAGUGCCCAUUAAUAAUCUGGAUCCAGUUAUAAGGAUUGUAUGGCUGUACAACCCUACUGAUGUGUUCACUACUUGGCGUUUACUUCGCGGUAACACUAACCCAGAUUCUGUGAUCCGUUGUUUGCUCUACUUUGCUGAAGUACCGCCCCUUGGAAAACUAGCCAUACCAUUUGCUUUUAUGCCCACGGAAAUGAUAGAUUAUGAGGUGAUAUUCCUCUGUUCCUUCGGCUACGAAAAUGAAAGGAUUCAAGUGAAAGGGCAAGGAGGUCUGCCAAACUGUAUCGAGACCAGACUGGACAUUCCAAUAUAUGUUGAACGGGUCAUCAGAGAGGCGCACAGGCAAGAAGUGGUAUAUCUCUCGAUGGAACAUCUGACUCUACCGGUGAUGUCGACGCACUCCUUGUCUAGAGACAUAAUAAGCAUCUACAACGACACUGACCACAUCAUGAGGUUCAUUUGGCUACCAGAAAGAAUAGCAAAUAUCUUGAACGUUGUGAUGACGCCAUGCUGGGGGGUGAUUCAGCCCAAGAGUUCGGAAUGGAUUACAAUGACUGCCUACACGCUCCAGGAGCCUGCCACAUUCACGACGACUGUCGCCUGCGAGAUUUUAGAUUUGACAAAUCGUAAGAUAUAUCAACAAAACAAACUUCAGAGGCGAAACAAAAUCGAAAAAUGUAACCAAGAGUUCAUUAUAACUGAAGAAGGAAUGUUCCACCCUGGUAUAAACGAUUCCCCGCCGUAUGUGCUGGAUUUAGAAUAUCCCCAACCAAGCUACUUGGCAAUGACGGUGUCAGUGUCUUCGAAAGGCCAGCGAGAUGGAUACCCGAGAAUGCUGAUAAAACAAAUGUGGCAACAGCCACCUCCAUACGAUUUACUGGCAUCAGACUCGACCGAGUUCAAUACGGAACGUCCUACAACAGGCAACAGUAUGACUGUCACCGAUAUACUUAGAAUUAUAGACGGAAUUUUAUGGGACGCCAUGCACAGUAAAAUGUUUAAAUGCCAGAUAGAAUACUACUCCACAGAGGAAGUACCGACUUAUGAACAAACUAUGAAGGUGUACACAAGGGAGAUCAAGCCGAAGUUGAGUCGAAGAGUCACUUCUGGAAUUUGUGAUGCUAUUGUCAACAAGGCAGUGUUUCACAAUUUCGGUCUCAAUGCUAAGCAGUCUCCCAUUAUGGAAGCGGAAUGAUUAUUGUUACUUACUUAACACGUAUUAUUUUAAUUAAAUAAAGAGUUAUUUUUGAAAA